CACAUUCCGCCCUGUCGAUUACGAAAUGGAAGAGCCAAUUAAAGAAAACUUAUGAAUAUAAACAUAGGAUUGCUCAUGCAAACGGCCUAUCGGUCAAUGCUAUAGACGACCUUGUGUCCUAUUGUCAAGACUUUUACUUACUGUCAUGGUCAAAACCUAGCUACUGCCAAUUAAAACCGGCUUUCCAACCACCUAGCGCCAACAUAAAUGCCGUGCUAUUGAACCUAAAAGCAGCCUUAGAGGCUCUGCCAGGCCAGUAUAUGUCUCUUAGUAAAUCCCUCCUUUUCCUUACACCGUCACUUUCCUUUCCUCAUCAUCCCGUUACCCUUUUGCUGGCUUCUGUCGGCAACCUAACCCUCGCAUGUACAUACCUUCCACCCGAUUGGACUCCCGGAAUGUCUAAACGUGCUGUCGUAAAUCCCUAGCACACAAACACCAUCAUUUGCGGCGACCUCAAUGGUCGCAUCGGCGAAUGGCUUGGUGACCGAAUCUGGAACUCACGUGGCAGACCCUCCUAUGAUGAACUGAAAGACACUCGCUGCCC